ACAAUGAUGAAUUAAUGAGUUUAAUGAAUACAGCCCAAUUUAACCAUAAUGAAGAUCAUGGGCCCUUUGGUUUAGAAAGGGGUCAUGGCUGGUGUGGUUUUCAGGUACACACACGUAGCGAUUUCUUCCCCCCCCCACCCCGACUGCAUUACUAAUGAAGGCAGCCAAAACCUUUUGAGUGAGGCCUCUGACUGGCUCUCAGGGGCCUCAUACUACAGAGACACUGAACUACACAAACAGCUGAGACCCAUAAUGCUCGGUGCCUCUGCCAGCCUCAUUCCCUAGUGCCAUAAUCGCAAAAAGAGUCGUUAUCGCUUAGCAAACAGCUGUUGGAUUGCACCUGUUGGCCAGCCAAAAACACGGGACAUCAAACAUUGCACCUACAUCACGCGCGCCAAGAUUCUUUAUAAACUUUACAAGCGGGUGCUUCAAAAUCUAAUGAAGACCAGCAGAGUCAGUAUCCAGUCUGCUUCCUUCUUGGGAAAAGGCAGCAGGGGCAGGCGAUAAGCCUGUUUGCCGUGCUGUCAUCGGAUGCGUGUCCAAGACGUGUUACCUCACCUCGGUACAUCACGGCGCCCAUGUGUACCUCUCAGGCGUCUCUAAGCAACACCUGACAGCUUAGGCCACUGACAGAGAAUCGUUUCAAACCCAUAUCGAAGGCACACUGAAUCAUAAUGGAAGAGGAACGGGCAGCAAGGUUACGUGAUCGCGAGGGCAUUGCUCUACCAACACCAUCUCGCGUUCUCGCUAGUAGCCUUGAACAGGAAUGCUACAGUGGAAAUUCAUCUUCAAAAAAGCCAACAGAAAAUAUAAGCUAACCUGUCAGGGGAAACCAAGACCUGGUGGUAAAGGGGAACCCGGUCUGAAAGCAUGGCCUCUCCGCUGUACUGCUUCCUUUAAUUCUGUAGUCUGCACCAUGAUGAACGUCUCAUGCGUGUCCCAGGCCUCCAAUGUGACCACAGAAACACUGGGAGGUCACCAAAUAUGGGAGGUAGUGGUGAUCGUCCUCAUCACCGGCCCCCUUUCUCUGGCCACCAUCAUCGGCAACCUGCUAGUCGUGAUCUCGAUUCGGGUGAACAGACACCUGCACACGGUCAACAACUACUUCCUGCUCAGCUUGGCUGUGGCAGACCUCAUCCUGGGAGCCAUCUCCAUGAACUUGUACACCACUUACAUCAUUAUGGGUCGCUGGGCUCUGGGGAACCUCGCCUGCGAUAUCUGGCUAGCCAUCGACUACGUCACCAGCAACGCGUCCGUCAUGAACCUGCUGGUCAUCAGCUUCGACCGUUUCUUCUCCGUCACCCGGCCCCUCACUUACCGGGUCAAGCGUACCCCCAAGAGGGCAGCGAUUAUGAUCGGCCUGGCUUGGACCGUCUCCUUCGUGCUGUGGGCACCUGCCAUCUUGUUCUGGGAGUACAUUAUGGGAAAGAGGACUGUGGACGAGGGGAGAUGCUCCAUCCAGUUCCUGUCUGAGCCCAUUAUCACGUUUGCUACAGCCAUCGCCGCCUUCUACCUCCCUGUGACCAUCAUGAUUGUCCUCUACUGGCGCGUCUACCGGGAGACGAAGAAUCGUAGCCGUGACUUGUCAAGCCUGCUGGGCUCAGUGGGGAGUCGGGGACCUUCGCAAGCAUCCACUUGGCCACGAGCCUACACCAGCAGCAACAGGAGUAGCAUACGCAUCUCCAGGGAGACUCCGGCCAGAGAGAACCUCGGCAGAGACGGACACCCAGGCGUCUUCUCCAUCAGAGAGAAGAUUCCCUGGCUCAUCCGGGGAAGGGGAGCGAUGACCCCAUCACCCCGUACGGGGGUGAGCCACAGCAGCUGGCAUCUAGGAGAGGAAGACAUCUCCAGCUGCCCUUCCUCGGAGGAGGAGACAGAGAAGGAUGCUAAACCAUUGGGCACCGUGAUGGUGUGCCUGCCCCUAAUUCAUGUGAGUGACGUGCACGGUAAUAUGAGACGGGACUUUGGGGACAAGCCUCGGAGUUCACGAGCAAGGCAGCUGGGCAGUCUGUCCUCCCUCAACACGGACAACGCGCCCCCCUCAAGCCGUCCCAAAACACCCAACGCCAAAAGGCGCAGCAUGAUCGUCAAGGAAAAGAAGGCCGCUAAGACCCUGACCGCAAUCCUGCUGGCCUUCAUUCUGACCUGGACGCCCUACAACAUCAUGGUCCUCGUGUCCAUCUUCCACUGUGUGCCCAAGAGGCUUUGGGAGCUCGGCUACUGGCUCUGCUACGUCAACAGCACAGUGAACCCUGUGUGCUACGCCCUCUGCAACAAGUCCUUCCGGGUGACCUUCAAGAUGCUGCUGCUCUGCCGCUGGGACAGGAGGAAGUGGCGCAAGACACAACAGAGUGCCCCCCCGUCCUUCAGGCCGCACACCAGCAGUACAGUCUGAGUGUCCCGGGGGGGGUCAAUCUGCAGCCAGAGCCCCGUUUGAGGGGCCUGGUUCGCCUGCCAGGAAGGUGGUCUGGAUCUUCUUCAAACACUCCAGUUACUAAACACAAAGAAGAUUCCACAUUUGUAGGGUGCAUGUAAGUCAUGGAGGCCCGCCAUAUGCAGCCUGAGUGUGUGUGUGUAUAUGUGGGACAUAUUUUAUAUAUAUGCACUCAGGCAUUAACAAGACGAAUGAAGUCAGAGACUGAUGCAUAUUUCAUGAGUUCAUGAAAUAUUUAACCAGUUAAUGUACAAGAAACGGAAUAAAGGAAGAAAAUUGGAAUGACGAUGUGUACAGGAGCAAAACCUAGACGCGGCUGUGUGGGAUGCAUUUUCAGUGCGUUUGUACCUAUAAGGUUAUAAUGUCACUUUCAGCAGAGAUGUCAAACUGCCCGCGGGCUCGCCUGUAAUGUAACACACCGCCAUACGAUUUCAGUUAUUUAAGGUCUAUUUAUGCAAUUGUCAAGCGAACGCGUCGUGAAUGUAAGCAUACAGUGCAAAUAAA